CGCACAUCUGAGUUUCUGCUUGCCAAAGCCGCUGGCAUGGCUUGCCCUGAUGAGCCGACGUCCUUUCUCGGCGGUGGCCGAGCGCCUGCGGCGGCUCUUCCUAGUGACCUCGCCUGGACUGGAACGCAGCCUGGAACGAGAGCUCCAAGUGCUACAGAUCCCAGGGCAUUUCGAGCCGUUGCCCGGAGGCGUGGCGGUGUCGGGCUACGACGAGACCCUUUGGCGCUGCUGUUUGCAGAGUCGACUCGCUGAGCUCGUCCUGGUCCGCGUGGGAGAGCCGUUCCACGCCCCGGACCUGCGCUCUUUGGAUGAAGGUUUGCGAAGGCUUCCAUGGCAAGACUUCCUUCAGGCCUCCAGCAAACCGAUCAUCAAGGUCUCCAGUGAAAAAUCCCGACUUUACCACACCAAGCUCUUGGCUGAGCAUGUGGCUGCAUCCAUCCCCGGAACCCAGGCGAAUGACGCAGAGUCACCUGCAGACGAGUUGCCAGAGGUCAGACUGAGGUUAAGGCACAAUGAGGCUCAGGUCAGUGUGGCAGCCUCGGGGCUUUUGCACAAGCGCGGUGCUCGCAAGGCAGUGGGUGAAGCUUCCAUGCGGGAGACCUUGGCCGCAGCUUGCGUCUUGGCGUCUCCGUUGCAGCGGCGGCUGACGCAAGCGGCGCAUCAGGGUGAGGAACUCGUGUUCUGGGAUCCCUUUUGCGGCUCGGGAGCAAUCUUGCUGGAGGCUUUGGAGGUGGUGCUUGGCCAACCAACGGGGAACCAUUCGAAGUCCUACCCCUUCAAGUCCUUUCCAUGUCAUGAUGCCGAGGACUUCGAGCGCGUGGCGCGGGAGCUCGAGCCGACGCCUCAUGGAGCCCUCGGAGCCUUGACGUUGCUCAGCAGUGACCAGUCCGAGGAGCAGAUCCAACGGGCGAGGCAAAACCUGCGGCGCUGCCUGCGGCGUUUGAACGUGCUUCGCGAGUCGCGCGAGUUCUCGGCCAAGGCUUCAGUGGAAGAGCUGUUGGAAGCUUUGCCCUGCCGUGUGCAACUUCUGCAAGGCAACUUCUCGAAGGUCUUGCAGCGGCUCCAAGGAGAAUCAUUCAAGGUUAUGAAGAUGGUGAAGAUGAUGAUGACGAUGACGACGAUGAUGAUCGUGACGAAUGUGCCCUUCGGCCUUGAGAGCGGGGGCAAGCAGGAUUUGGAGGCAGGGCUACCUGGUGCGAGUGAGACUUAUAGCCAGCUUGGCCGGGUGCUUCGCCAGCAGCGCGCCGAGUGGCGAGGCGUCUACUGCCUUACGGCUUUUCCCGAGGCCUUCCGCACUCACACAGGCCUCGAGUGGAGCAGUGAGCUUCGUUUCCUCAACGGUCGUCGUUGGGUCGACUUACUCACCUGGACCGGCGACGCACGCGAUUCAGCGCGGCCGCACGAGUCCCGCGGGGGCGGCCGCAGAACUCGCGGGCGAGGAUGAAAA